AACGGCGUUAGCAGCGCACCGGUUUCAAGGACGACUGCUGAGGCCAACAAAAAGGUAAACUUUUGAUCCAUUUCAUUUCAUUUUUAGCCUUUGUCUCCUCUCACGUACCGCUCGGGCGUCUACCUUUCACGAUAUCCCUUAAAUGGAGAGCUUCCUAGCAGGCUAUUUCGACUCAAAACCUGACCGCAAAUGUUUUUUCUUUGUUUUUUGGUAAUUAGACAGCUCGUUUACCCCUUUGCCCAAAGGUUUUUGUUUUCAUACGCGCGCUCGACGAUCAGAUCUCUAAAGAGAAAAUAGAGACUCUGUAAGCAGGCUAGCUAUGUCAUUUUGUACGUUAUAAACUUCCGACCGAUUUUGUCGCAAAGUGUCUUAUUUAAAUGGUGUCAAUUUAGCGUUCGCUAUACCUGAAGUGAACCACAUCAAUUUUAAUUUAACAUUACGAGAAAGGGAACCAUAGGUAAGGAUUCGAACAAACCUCACCAACUGAGAAACGCUUAAAAAAUAUUUUCAAUACAAGUCAUAGGAGAGACGCUACUCAGUACUGCAGUGAUGUCUCUCCCAUAACUAAUGAUUAUUUACAAAGUAAAAGGAUCUGAUGAAGUUGAACCUAAUGGUUAUUUUAUACUCUGUAUCAUGUCCGCUUGGAUUUGAUGUCAUAUCGACCAUAUCGUCUACCACACGUCUUUUUUUGAACCGCGUAUGGUCUUUUUCGGCUGAAAUCUCCAGUUAUUUCGGGUAUACAGUUUUUUCCGUUUCUUUCAGUUUUUUGAAGGAGGGGGGCCCGCGGGCUUGCUAAAGGGUAUGUAGACGACUAGAGCCGGAAGAACUAUCCUAAUUUUCGGAUAGCUGUGUGCCGUCCAGUGUCCUAAAUCCUGACCCUAUUUAAAGAUGAAAUAAACAAUGCAGGGGAGAUGCCCACUCUACAACUAAUUUAAAACCUGGGUUGAAACAUAGGGCUGACGAUAUUGUCCGGGUGGGCGUCUAAUAAAAGUUUAGGGAAAGGGUGGAGGGAGAGGUGAUCCCUUAUAAGCUGUACAACACUAGACUCACGCUUCAUUUAUAUCGCGAAGUCUCAGAGAAGGGAGAGUCUACCUCCCUCAUCUCCAUCUCUAGGGAAGGAAAUAUAGCUCUAAAUACUUGCGACAACAACGACAUCUAUCUAGUAUUUUGCAUAUUUGUUUAUAUUUCUUUGUUCUAUUUUCUUCACAUCUUCAGGCGGCUAAUUUCUUUUUAAAAUAUGGUUACAUCGAAAAGAAGUCCAACGAAAGUCGGCCAACUCUGCACAUCGAAAAACUAAUAAUUGACCUCCAGAAGUUCGGUGGAUUGCCUGUGACUGGGAAACUUGAUCAGGCAACAUUGAAACUGAUCGGUACUAAGCGAUGUGGUGUGAAAGAUCCCGUCAAGAAGGUCAAGAAGGUCGGAGCUAUUCAAAAUCAAGUUGGCCGAUUCUACUUACAAGGAACUUUCUGGAAGAAGACGGUACUGUUUUCACCCGUAAAAUAUUUAGGUAGUGGGUUUUACAAUCAACCCCCUGAAACCAGCUCAAGCGCACCUUCAUAGGUUCUAUAAUGAAAUAAUUAUUUAAAAUAUAAAGCGUAAGUCAUUGCCGUUGAUAUCAGAAUCAUGCAUUCUGCGUUUCUGGAUGAGCAAUGAGCAGUGGCGACAGUAGAGACCUUUAGAUUCGAAGACGAGAACGACUAGACGAGGACGAGAUUUCGUCAGUACGAAGUAGUGGUCGCACGUGAACUAGCGUAAUUUUGCGGGAAAUCGUGAUAGCCGUCGUCAUUCUACUAAGGGUUUUAGCGAGAGUGUCGUAUUGGCGGAAAAAAAGUUAUUAAACAAUGAAAUGUUUUAAUUUUGUGACCGGGAGAGGGCUUAACCUGCUCUAAUAAUUAUAAGAUAACAGUGUUAACUUUCCUGGUGAAAAAAAGUACAAUGAAGCAUUCCCUCAGGGAGUCUAUUUUUUGACGAUACGCGAAAAAACUUGAAAUAGAAUCUCGUACGCCUAGUCGUUCUCGUCCUCGAUUCCAAAGGUCUCUGAUACAAAUUUCGUCCUUGAAACUUACUUAUAGGUCAUUCCUCUAAAAUAUAGGGUGCCCCAAAAGUUCUUUCUUCUAGUUUCAUGCGCUAUAACUUUUAGAAAACUUUAUUUUUACUAGAAAUUUCUAGAAUAUGUUUAUUGCUCUACUGAGUACAGGUAUUCAGACGUUAAAUAACUAGUAUGCCUCCUUUGUUGUUGUUUUUUAUCACAUUCUGUAGCCGUUGCGGCAUCAGAGUGGGAUGCAAUGCGUAGAACCACAGAUGAUCCAUUAUGCGCCUAAUUUUUUAUCACCUGGUACGCAGGAGCCACUUCGACCUCCAAAAAAUAUUUUUUAGAUUAGGCCGCUGAAAAAAAAUAUAUCUGUUAUAUAUUUUGGGCAUUUAUCCAAAAAAAGGUGAUCAUCCCGGUCUCUUUCCACGGUAAGGAUUUUGUACUUCUUUACAAAUUUGAGAAGAGCUGAUCGUUAGUUGGCGGACUAAGCAGAGGUUUUUUUGCUCUCUCAGGGGCGUCUAACCUUCGCUUUCCAUGAACCUGCUCCAGACUUGGUCUGGUAACUGUUGUAGCCUUCUUUAAAACUAUUUAGCUGCUUUAUUCAGGACUUUGGGUCUUCCCCUUCGUUUCUUGUCUUUAAAACCUUCAUUUCUCGAAGACCAUUUUACCACCCAACAUUCGGAUUUUUCCAGUUUUUUAGCAGUUUCUUUUACCAAACACUUGUCUACUGUAUUUUUUUUAUUUUUGUGUUUAGAAGGUUAAUUAGUCCUUCUAAAUCAUUUUAUUAUUUUUCAAUGCCUAGGGGAGUCUGUGGUUCACUGAAUCAAGAUAACUAUUGUCGAUGAAGUGGGGCGCCUUUGAUUCAUUCUAGUGCACGUACAAAACGCAAGUUAGGGGAGAGGGGAUGGGAGUGAGUCACGUGAUCCCUUAGAUUACCCCAGGCGCCAGUCUGGUUAUUAAUUCUAAUGCUACUAGUGUAAAACUCGUGUUGGCAUUUGAAAGUGCCUAAAACUCUCAUUUCUUCUUUUUUCAGUAUUUGACUUACCGAUUCGUAAGAGGCAAGAGCACAGGGGAUCUUCCAGUUGAUGUUCAACAAAAUAUAAUUCGAAGAAUGAUUCACAAAUGGGACGAGGCUAGUGCGCUUACGAUACGUGAGGCCGACCCCUCAAUACCAGACGAUAAAGUCGACAUUUUGAUUUCAUUUGUGGAAGGUUACCAUGGAGAUCCGUAUCCUUUUGAUGGCACAGGAGGGACUUUGGCCCACGCUUUCUAUCCACAUAACAACCAAGGUUGGUACAUAGGAGUCUUAAUGGAGAGGUAGCUCUUUUUUUAUGGUUUCUAUUUUGUUUUGUUGUUUUUUUUUAACAACCAUAUUUACUACUAUACUACUCCUGAAGAAACGUAGCUAGCAGCGAGGGGGGAGGAGAGACGGCUAUUUUCGCAAGCUACAGUAUUCAUGAUGAAUUGAGCGGGUUCGUACGUCGCAGAAACAAUUAUAUAUAUAAAAAGAUUGUAGGGAGAUUUUGCAGAGCGGCGUGGAAGUGUUUUCUAAUUUGCCCCGUCCCCAUUGGAAGAGGCUAGCUUAGGGAUGGAAGGUGCUUCUUAACCACUUGAUUUCUGUCUUCUGCACCUAUUAAAGGGGCUAAUGUCACGAAGAUACCGCUAUCUUAAGUCAAUUCUGUGAUAAAGUCAUUGCCCACCAUUAACCAAUACACAAAUGAAAAAGCUCCUGUAGAGUUAUCAAGAAGAUAUCAGACAGAGUUUAUCAGGCAUAGCGCAUUAAGACUUGAAAAAGUAGACCAGCUAUUCAGUCAAGUUUCAAUCAAUGUCCUUCUUUACCAUCCGCUGCAAAAGACAACAAGAAACAUUUUCAGUGUCGAAAUCAUGAUAAUUGUAGUCUUAAAUAAACAAAACUGGACCAUUAUUUUUGAAAUUCAGUAGGUGUGAAGACAAGUUUUAGCAUUUUGAAAUGAUAGCAAAUAGAAUGACAUAGUCCCUUUGAAUGGAUACGUCCUAUUCUCAAGCGACAAUACACCUAUUUCAGUUGAUUGCAUUGUUGAAGGCGAACUGAUAUAACCGACGUUAAAAAUACGCUUGCAGGUCUGUCAGGGGACGCCCACUUCGAUGAUGCAGAGCGUUUUACAACAGGAACGAAGGACGGUAUAAACUUGGACUGGGUGGCGCUUCACGAGAUCGGUCACAGUCUGGGAUUAGAACAUUCCAACGUACGAGAAUCUGUCAUGUACCCAUGGUAUAAAGGAUACCAGGGCUCUAAUAUUGAGCUGACCAACGACGAUAUUUUGGGAAUACGGGCACUCUAUCCAGGUAAAUCAAAUAUUUGAUUGCAUCCUUUGAUUAAAAUAUCUAAUCAUUGCAUAGGGUUUAUAAAAGCAAGGAAGGUAUACUGGAUAAAAAUUUUACCGGGAAAUGGUAAAUAUAUGAAUUUCAAAUAUUGGAAGCGCGGAAUGAAGAAAUAUAUGAAAAGAAGAUCAUCGUAGCUAAAGACGCAACUCAUGCAGCUGCGAAUAGAAAUCCGCAAACACUGACUUCUGCGCUACCUGUGCAGCGCUCUAACCAAGCUGAGCUGGUUAUUAACUUGGUUUGUAAUUAAACAUAUUCGGAAAAGAUGAAAAUGAAAUGAUCAGAUGAUGAAAUAGUGAAUAACAGAUGUAAACUACAGUAUUGAACAUAGGCGCUUUAUCCUUGCAAAAAGUUUAAUGGUUAUCUGCUUCAUUGCAGUUAAGAGACCAGUGACGAAGAGACCAGAGACGAGGAAACCCACGAAACCAACCCGUGCACCCCGGACAACACCAAGCACACAGCCACCCCCAACCGAUCCCCCCACCCCUACUGCAAUUCACCCCGCAUGUAAACCCGGAACUAAAUACGAUGCUGUCGUUAUGGAGAGAGACAGGCGCGGCAAGUUCCACACUCAUUUCUUUCACAGAGAGAUGUUUUGGACUCUUAAUGAAAGGUUGCAGAGAGGGAGGCCAAGGAGAGUUAGUGAUUACUGGCCCGAUGUUCGCACUCCCAUAGAUGCUGCGCAUCGCAAUAGAAAUGGAAACAUCGUCUUCUUUACCGGAAACAAGUAAGUGACCAUGACGUUGCAGCUUUUUGGGCGUUUUUCAUGUCCUUACUUACUUUUUGAUGCUUUUACUUAAACUGUCCAUCGUAAGAUUCCUGUAUCUUUUGGCAGAGUUAUGUUCCGAUUUUUAGUUUGAUAAACGAACCAAAGUGAUUAUCCAAGCUCGAAACCAAGUGUUGCUAAUUUGGUGAAACACGAACUACGAGUUAACUGAACGCCGGACCACAGAACUAGGUUUGUUGUACACCAAUUCAAAUUCAAAUUGUCAUUCUGUUACAUGAAGUAACGCUCACAAAGUUAUUUUCAAGAAUUAUUACAGACGUAGCAAUUCCCAUUUCUUGUUACUUCACGAGUCCUAAGCUAUCUACCAUCGGUGGCAAAAUUGGCUGAGUCGCCGACCUCAUUGGUUUUUUUUUUAACGUCUUUCCGACUUUAUCCAAAUUCAAACUUUCAUUCUCCCAUUUCCCCUGAACAAUAUUGAACCUCUGUAAAAAAAAAAAAACAACAACAAAAACAUUAAACAUAAAAAAGGAAAAAAAGUAAUGUUAGCUGCGGUUUGAGUGUAAAAACUGAAGAGACGGGACUGUGCAAACAAUUUUGCUAAUUUAUUGCGGUUUUUUUUAGCAAUUACCCGAGAUAUAUAACCCGAUUCGACGAAACAAUUUUGUCGUUGAUUAAAGCUACAAUUUCAUAUGUUUUUUUAAACUGUCUACAAAGGAACUUUAGAAACUAAAUUCUACUGUGAUGCCUUCUUCUAACACUUCCCAUUGCAAUUGCUUGCCAGGUAUUGGGAAUACCGUAAUAACAGGAGACUCAUCGGUUCCGGCAGUUUAGAUAGGUAUGGCCUGUCCUCUGACCUUACCGACAUGGAUGCAGUCUUCACUUGGCAUCCAAACAAAAAGACGUACUUCUUUAAAGGUAAAAAGUACUGGCGAUACAACGAGGAGGAGCGACGUAUAGAUCCAUAUUACCCAAGGGAGAUUAGACAAGGUUGGCCCGGCCUAGUAAAAAAGGACAUAGAUGCAGCCGUCACUUGGAGAAACACAAGAAGCUACAUUUUUAGUGGAGAAAAAUAUUUUAGGUUACAGAACAAAGCGACAGGGAGAAUGGUAUAUAACGACCGCGGAUAUCCCCAAAUAACAGCCGAUAAGUGGAUGAAAUGCAACGACGUUGGCGCCAUCGGGGCUUUACAAACAAAUAAAGAUAUAUAAUGCUUCACGAAAGAAACUUAAGUUGGCGACCUUGCAUUUUCCAGGCUAAACGUCAUAAGGCACAAUAUGUUUACGUCACACAAGCAAAUUUCACCACCAAGCGUCGUUUUGAAAUUAAAAAUAAGCGAAGUUUCACAGAAAUGAAUUUCCAAAGCAGUAAAGUUGAAAAGAAUACUCACGAACAAAAAGUGCAAAUGCAAAAAUUUUGUUCACAAACGAGGCUUGCUGGUGAAAUUUACUCGUUUGACGUAAUCAUGGGCUAUUCAUACUUUGAAUACUUUUAGAGUUAUUGUCUGUUAUCUCCGUUUAAAUUGUUAACUAAUAUAUGUUUUGACUGUUCAACUAAAAACGAAGAGUAUUAUGUGAAAAUACUUGGCCGAAAAGGUUUCAUUUGAAUGGUCAUGGUGAAAGGUUUAUAACAAACGAAAAUGAAAACAAACGAAUGGCAAAGAAAAAAAGAAAGAAAGAAUGAAAGAUGAUUUGAUUUACUUGAAUGUGUAUUUGAUAUUCCACAUCUUUUUUUAUCCCUUUAAGCCAUAAUAUCCAUAUUCAAAUUCUUCAUAUCGAUGUUUAUACAUUCCCUUACAGAAUUAGAUGAGUGAAUUUGAAAAAAGAUUAAAGUAUUUUCCUUAGUUGAUCAUUUUAUUAACUCAUAACCUUUUCGCAUGAUCAUUUACUGAUACUUUAAGGACGAAAUUGACCUUGGUCACUAUUGGGACUUUAGUUUUUAAAUGAAGAUAAUUUUGCAAUACAUGAAGUGCUAUUUAUUUUUAAGUAGUUUUUGUACAUUUUAUAAAGCGCGUCAUGCUUGAGAGAAAAAAUAAAGUUGAAACUUGAUUAUACCGUUUCCUUGUCACCUCUUUUUUAGGUUUCUAAUUAAUAAUAAAAUAUAUAAUUCUAGGAAGAUCCAAAGCAACAAAUUUAUACAAUCUGCUAUUUGUGCUUAGCUUCCGACUGGAACUUACGUUUCUUUCCCAUUUCUGUCAAUCACUUACUAAUCUCGCACCUAGACCUCUUGUUGACGAAGCCGAAGGCGAGAUCUGGCUAAGUAAGAAAAUUCAAUUUUUUUGAGGGGCUAGAUUGAGUUAUUGUGCGUGUUGUCAUCUGCGCGCUCUAUGGCGAGUGCCAUUUUAUUCGUUGCAAGGUCUUUUGUUCUGUUUAAGUAAAUUUUUCACUCAAGAAGUAGUUAUCCUUCUCAAUAUAAGUUUUAAAACCAUUUUUAUCGUUCAUACUUAAGGUUCAUACUUAAGAUGUGCGUAUAACCACGUUUUGUGAGAAAAAACUUUUAGCUUCACGGCUCUAUCAAGUUAGUUGUUUUUAAUAACACGUCGAAAACUUAGGAUUUAUCCGAUGGCCUGCCACAUUCCUGACAGGCAAUCACUUGUACAAAAUCGGAUUUGACAAGAUCUCGCCUUCGGCUUCACCAAUAAGAGAUCUGGGUACGAGAUUGGUCAUUAUGUUAUCCUAUCGACCUGUCUGAUUCUUUCCGAAAAGACGAAUAGCCUGGCGUGGCCCAAGGGUCGGUGUGGGUUCUUUAAGUUUAAGCUAUUUCGUGAUCUUAUCUUUAGUUAUGUUUUUAAAUGUUUUCUAAUAUAACAGCUUUAACUGCUGUUUACUCCGGCCAUUUUGCCGUUACACUCGUUUUUUCUCUAUAAGAAUGUUGUUUUUUGUUGUAUUUAUCUUAUUUUUCUGUCGAUUUUAGGCUGAAAAUAUUCUUGUAUUAUUCUUAAAUUAUAGCAUAUGACAUUUCCGUUUUAGAAUAUAUUGGGGUAUGAAUUAUAGUUAGUGCAGGUUUUCUCGUUAUGUUGGCUAGUUUUGCUGUUUAGAGAAAGGAUUACAUUAAAAACAUUUACAUUGGUAUUGUAAAUACAGAUUUCAACAUAUAAAAUUAUGUCCUUUUUAAAGUUUCAGCCUUGGGUUUAUUUUUAAUGAUAUUCUUAACAUUUCUUGCAACCAGACAACAACGGAAUACUGGGUGUAGAGGACGAAUCGUCGGUGCAUACCCUAUCUACCUUCCUGAUGGUAACGCAUUCACACACAAGCUUGUUCAACGAGCGCAUCUAGCGACCCCUUCACGGGGAGUUACACUCACAAUGACCAAAGUUCGGGAGACUCACUGGAUCCCUCGCCUGAGAAAACUUACCAAGAAGGUCAUUAAAAGCUGUGGGGUUGCAAGAAAGCUCAAGCCUACCAGUCCCCACCGCCAGGCAAUCUACCAACGACCAGAACCCAAGGAGUGACACCCUACGAAACCAUCGGUGUUGCAAAUUUCAGCACACUGUGGACAACGGAAUCAUUGAACUAUGUGAAAAAAACAAAACAUUUACAUUGGUAUUGUAAAUACAGAUUUCAACAUACGUCCUUAAUGAUAUUCUUAACAUUUCGCAAAUUUCAGCCUUGGUACUCUUAUACAAAAGAGUGUAUGUAAUAGAAUGUUCACAGGUGACGUUAAAAUGUUGCUUAGGAACAAAACAACAGCCCACGAGCCGCAGGCGUGUGUGUCAACGUUGUCGACAUUUUGUGUGAUUUAUGACUGAACGUAGUAAAGUGGGGAGGAGCGUUGCGUGACGACACUAAAAACGACUGUGUAGCAGACUAUGACUGAACUGGCCAGACACGGAACAAUGGAAACUAUUUGUUUCGGACAAUGGGUAGAAAAGAAAACGACAAACGUGCUUUGUGCUUGACUUUGUUCCGCUGACAUUUGUCAUAUUUAAUAUGGUUGAAAUCAACUAGUUAUAAAAGAAUAGACUGAAUUGUACUUGGCAGGCUCUAAAGUUCAGUAAAUGAACCUUCUGAAUUCCAAACACAGCACGAGGUUUAAAUAUUUUAAAUUUCUAUAUAAAAGAUGGAAAAACCACGGCGUUUAUUCGAGAAAAUACAGUCGAGACAAAACCAAUUAAUGCGGAGAGAAAAUGUGGGUUCAAAUGAGUCGAUCCACUAAAGUCACCUAAGGAACAAAAAAUUAAGCGUUAAACUAUCUGUAAGUACCCUGGGACGGUGCCUUAUUCCUGAUAUGGAUGGGUUUUUUGAGAACGGACCUCUGAGGCCAGUAAGUAAUUAUAAACUGCAUGGGAAGCAAAGUUCAAGAGUGGAAGUGAAAUUGAAACUGAAAGCUGUAGCUUUAUUUUCUCUUGCUUUAGGGACAGGUCAUUAUUUCUUACUUGACAUUGAUCGGGGGAUUUUUGUUGACACAAUUUCUUACGGAGAUUUCAGCAUUCCAUGAUCCCGCCUUCUCACUGGCUCUGUCACUGGCGUUGGCAGUUCUCAACAUUCACUGCUCUCUCCUUCCCCAGUCGAGAACACGAACGUUACUGAAUAAAAUUGGCAUUCUUUAUGCUAGAGACGUUAAAGUCGUCUGAGACGUUAAAGUAGUCUUCAAGACGACUCUCACCUCUAGUAUAAAGCAGUAAAUAAGACGCAGUGUCCAGUCUGAUGACUGGACACCAACAUUUUCUUUUGCGUGCGUCGUUUGGACGCAUUUACCAGUCUGUGAGAGGACUUUAACGUCUCAGUAGUAUGAUAAAAACGGGACGCUGUAAACUGAGAAGCAUUUAUGCCCAACUCGUCCACAGACGACUGGGAAGAGUACUAGUCAGUGCUGUUUUUUUUUCCAGAAAACUCUGUUUUUAACAAUGUUAUCGACUUCAUCAAACUGUUAAUAAGGAGACAAGGAAAAAGAUUUUCUCAAGCAUCCGGAUCAAUCCCAGGUAGGAUUCCAAGAAAUUCUAAAUUCACGCCAAAAUCGUGAGUCUAAAAAUUAACUGUGAAACGGUUAAAAUGCCGUGACACGAGUAGUACUUGAAAGAUUCUCGCACCAAGUGAAGGAGCUGUCAAUCAUCCCAAUCAUGCAGCAAAGCCUGUGAAAGGCCUUUGUCUGAAUCCGCUUUAGAAAACAAGGUGUGUCUUUUCUAAUCAAGGGGUUGGUGGUCAGUGCAAAGUCAAGUUCUGGAAAUAAUAACAAAAGAAAACUGGUAUAAAUAGCUUAUAAAUACUAUGCCGAACACGGUACCUUAACAGUAUACUCACUUCCUCCAGCAGACCCUUACGACAAAUUACACUGGAACUUACCAAUAUUUGACGCUAUCCCUGCUCUCAGAUGGCUGAGCGAUCCACCCUUUUCUCCCUAACCCCGCUUCCAAGUUAUGUGAGCCCCCAGAAACCUCCGACUCCCGGCCAUUUUAAUGAUCUGCUGUAUCACGGUUGCUAGAACUAGAAAUAUGCCAAAACGUUCUGGAAUGAUAAAACAUGUUGUGGCUACUACUAAAAAUAAAGCCACUAAAGUUAAAAAGAUGCUAAAAAGAUACAUUUCAUGCUUUUUCUAGCAUCCGGUAACUUAAGUAGCCCAGAGUAAAUUUCAAACUCGUCGAAUAUUUUCUGAUAACAACAGGAGACCAUCAGCUCAGCUUUUACUUUCCAGCGGAGAUCAUCUGAAACCGAAAACGCAAUCUAGUCUUAUCAACCUCUUCACCUUUUUGGUAAUCUGUUAUUUAUACAUCAGGAAAUACUUAAGCAUAACAUUAACAUUGAUAAUGCUUUUUUGAAAGAACUGUUUCAUUCUGUGCCCACCAGUGAUUACAAUUCCAUUAAAAAGUCGUUGUAAAAGACUUAAGGAUCUAUUAAAAAAUCAUUGCGGGAAAGGAAGGAAACAGAGGGUGUGUUCAUUUAUCUGUAUGAAUAAACAUAAACGGUCGGAUAAAAGACUGCAGAGAUAUGUUUUUCAAAGAAAAUAAUGGGUGAAGUGUUUGCUGUUUAUUACUACUGCCUCUGUUUUUGGAGGGUUUUGCGCUCAGUAGCAAGGCUGAUCAAGAACCAGGGCUGUCGAGAAUGAUUUAACACAGGAUUUUGCAUAUACAAAAAUUAUUAGAACUUGUCAGGCGAAGAGCACGCAGAUGGAAGCCAGAGUUUUUUGUGUGGGCGUAUGUGCAAGAACCAACCAGAGCUUUAUCACAUUACGAAAUCAAUAUUCAGGAACAGACGUUUUUUGUUAAGUCGACAUUUUUUAUAACACCACCUUACUCUAUCUAGACGUCUAUCUAAUGAAAAUCAUGAAUUUUAUAUAUUAGAACUGCGGAAUAAAGAAACAAAUGCAGAGAAGAUCCUUGCAUAUUCACAUUUUUGAAAGACGCAACUUAUGAAUUUGCGAAAAGAAGCCUGAAAAAUUCAGGACUGCCGUGAUUCGAACCCUGACAUUACCGGUGCAGUGCUCUAACUAAUUGAGCUCAGCAAGCCUACUGCAGGGAGCAGGUCAAUAGCUGUUCAAGAGCUGUUUUAUCCGAACGACAUUCCACCUUCUUUUUUUCCCAGAGUUAGUUAGUGUACUACUUGUUUCUUUUCGUUAUCCUUUCGUACUAAUUUGUUCUGUAUGGAGUUCUAAAGAUGAAAUCCUAGGGUGUGAACGCUUUAUUUGAAACCCUUAAGCAAGAGCGUUUUUCUUGGUAUACCUUUUGAUUUGUUAAGUAAGUAACUCCAGAUUUAAGUCUGUGAACCAAAACGUUCUUUGCUGUGGGCCAUAACGGAUGAUGUUACACGAGACGAUUCGCAACGACGAUUUUUAGCGCAACACAGCGUUGCGACGUUGUUGAGACGUUGUCAAUUCGAAUGGUUUCAACAUCAGGUACCAGCACUGCAACGCUGUGCUGCGCUAAUUAAAAAUCGUCACUUUGCGAAUCGUAACAUCACCUUCAAACCUCUUCGACACAGUACAUUGAAUGAACGUUUCGAGAUAAAAAUUCAUUGAAAUAAUUAACGAUCAAUGACAACAGUAGUGCAAGAGUCCAAAGGCUGACUGAUCCAAUUUUACCCAGUGCAUAAAAUGCCAGGGGGGGGUACUCCUGGGAAUUCUUGUUGCGGGUGUCAAUGCCGCCCGAUUCUCCAAAUCCUGACCCGAUUUCAGACCAGAAAUUGUAAUUUUCCACUCCCGUUUUCAGACCAGACCUCUAAAAUCCAUACCGGUGUGAGACCUGGCCAUUAGGGAGAAAUUAUGUUAUCAUUACUUAGAUUAGAGCGCAAACAAAAAAGUUCUUCAAAUCCAUUUCGAAUUCGCAUAUUCUUCUUCCUUUCUUACUCAUUUGGAAUUGAAACGAUAAAGACCUUCAUACAAUCCUGUAGUUCCCUCAAAAACCGUACGCGAUUCCAAACCAAAAUAGGCAAAGCGUAUACCCGUUUUCAGACCAAAUCGGCGCAAAAACCCUUCCCGAUGGUACGGAUAAGGGAGUACUCCACCCCCCCGGGAUAAAAUGUAGGUCCUAUUAUUUUUAUUCUUAUUGCAGAAAAUUAGAAACAUGAAAACUUUCACAUUCACCUAUUAUCAUUUAAAAUUCCUUUUAAGCCUCACACAGAGUAGCAGAGUUUUAGAGAUAUGUUUUACCAAAAAAGACCUUCAUAUCAGUGAUCCCGCUUAGCACGAUUAACCGUGAACAAACAAUAGUAUUUAUUUAGCUUCAGUGUAUCAUGAUCUUGACCCUUAAAAGGCUGAACAAGAUAAACUGGGUGCCGGUAUCCAAAGUCCUUAAUCAGUUUAAGUCGCUAGUAGCCCCUUAAUUGUAGAUGAUAUCGAUAAUUUCCCUUAGCUGGCAAAUGUCCUUGAUAAUGAGACAUCCAUUUGAUUCAUACGUGGUGUCUACUUUGUUCUGUGUGAAGUUUGUUUGGUCGGUUUUUUUUUGUCAAUGAAAAAGACGGAGAUUACCAGUUGCAUAUGACACCAACGUGCCGAGCGGACGUUUGAAAUUAAUACCCUUGAUACGUUGUUUAUCACUGUGGUAUCAGCUAAAAAGGCAGAAUCGUGUCUUAAACAAGAAGUUUUUUGUCAGCUAUUCACGUGUCCAGAGCUGUGCGCGAAAACCCUGCUACAUGCAACUGAAAGUGCUAUUUUAAAAAAAGACGAAGACAAAUUGACUCCAUAAGAAACGGAUCCUUAAGAUUUGAGCAAGAUGAGGAGACUUUUCGCAUGCUUGAUCGUCCUAUGUGUUCUCAGCAACGUGAAGAGUUACGAUUUAUAUGAAAAGCUAAUUGCAUCGGUGAGAAGUCUGCAACAGGUAAGAUUUAACUCGGAUGCUUAAUAAUUAGGUCUUAUCCUCCACAACUAAGACUUGUCAUCGUGGGGUAGCACAUAGUUACCAAUAUUUUGCUUUUUUAACGUUGUUUUGCCAGGGUUUUAAAAAUUAAGCCAAUUUUUCGUCUCGUGCAGAAAAAACUGUCUGUUUCUCCUAGCGCUUUAGAACGCUUUUCAAAGGUGUGGCGUAUUCCAGUGAAAGCUGUUUAGCAUGGUAGCCGUUGAACUUCAGUUGCGGUGUCUUUUUUCAGUUCAUUUUUUCCAAACAAAUUUAUAGUUUUCUCCUUCCCGUUCUUCUCACAUUUCGAUCACAAUCGAAAGUUCACGACAGCGUCUGAUCUUCGCCAGAUAAAUAUAUUUUGAGCUGAAGAAUUUGAGAGAAUCUGAAUAGGGCGCAACUCCCGGAACUGUUGGCAUAAGGAAGCCUAAAGGGAUAACGCAGUAGGUUGAGCAUUCGCCUCUGCCCACCAACGUGGCCCUGGUUCAAAUCCCGAUGUCGACGCCAUAUGCGGGUUGAGUUUGCUGUUGGUUCUCUCCCUUGCUCCUAGAGGUUUCCGCUUCAGUUAGGCUCUGGUUUUCCCCUCUCCUUUAAAACCAGCACCUCCCAAUUCGAGCUCUUAGUGCUCCGUUGGUAAACAAAUUACAAUACAAAUACAAAACAAUACGUGCACAUCGCCGACGGGGUAAAAAGAACGUCCAGGAAACUCCCACAGAAUGGGACCGGUAUAAGCUCCUAGCGUGAAUCUGUAGAUGAGCAUAAGAGGUUUGUUUAGUAGAAAUAUAUUUAAGUCCUUUUGCUGUCUUCCUUCAUAACUAAACUUAAAAAAUAUAAGAAAAUUUAUGAUCUGGGACAAACGUCUUCGAUCGCUUCAUUAGUAUCAUGCUACGCUUAAGCCUUAUGAAAAUCAUGGAUUCUUGAAAUAUUGACAGGGGAAGUUUGGUCUAUUAUUUGGUCAGUCUGGCGUGCGUAAAAAAUUAAAAAGAACUUUUCAUUGUUUGUCUGAUAAGUCUAGAUGGUUUUAUAGGUGGCAAAUUCGGGAAAGUGCAAUUUUUCUAAAAAAAAAAACCAGGAGCCUAUCACCUGAAAAACUCAUGUGUCGAUCAUCCCACGAUAACAUAAAGAACCAACAUUACAACAAAAUUCAAACCAUCCAAAGCAGUGAUUAGUUAUUAACCAUAAGGCAACCAAAUGGUACGUCGUUACAUUCCACUUUAACAUCAUGUUCAUGUGGAGCACACGUGAAAAGAUCGAACUUUCACCUCACAAGGGGGAAUUUUAAUUUUGAAAAAAAUCGAUGGACGAAAAGAUACAUUGAUUGCUUGGUAGUAGUACGGAACGAACCUCAGAAGAGCGUAUAGCGGGAACAAAAAAAAUGCAAAAAACAACAAUAUAAAAAAACGCAAAAAAGUGUUUUCCUCGCUGUAAGGAUCAGUUUAUCAUUUUCUUUUCUUACUGCGGAUCCUUGUCUACAUAUGAGCCGGAACUCCUUACUGCUUUGGGGCUGCGGAGUUUGUUAUCGUAAUAAUGGCAUUUUUGUGAGGCGAUUUUACUGUAAAAUGGCCGGUAUAUCAAAAAAAAAAAAAGCUGCCACGAUAAUUUUUUUUUUGCAAAAGUUACAUAGCACUUGCAAAUCAUUAUCGCUAAGGUGACUAUCUACUUCAAUUGUUUCACUUACAGAAAACCUCUCUCCCUGGAUCAGUAGCGUAAACUCAGUUGGGGGAAAGGUUGCCUUCAGGUCCCAGUUGUUCAAUGCACAGGGUGACUAAUCUCUAGCCAGUGGAUAGCGCAAGUGCGUUUCCUAUUUAUCAUCUGCUGAAUAGUGAUUAUCCUGCAAGCAAGCCUGUGUAUCCGGGGCGCUACUGCCUCGUAGCGCUAUUUUAAACCUUUGAAUCUCUAAGAGUGAUCAGCAUCAAAUUUCUCCUUGUAAUAUCAAUGCUUUGUAAAACAGAGUUGUCAUGAGAAUUACGGACAUGAUCACACAAGGUGAAUUUGCUUGAUAUUUUAUCAAUUUCUCCCCACUAUUUCUGUAGGAAAUGAAAAGGGGCAACAAAUGAGAACUGAAAUUAGUCUGAUCUUAGGGUUUAAAGGGUUAAACGUUUGAAGAACCGGGUCCAGAUGUUCAGACUGCCUCUUGCAUGUUUUUUAGGCAUAUGCAAAUGAACCCAAAGAAGUUCAAGAAAGGAUGCUCAGUUUGUAUCUUAACACAUAUACAAGGCACUUACCUUCGUCAGCACAGCUAUUUAACGUAUAUGAAGACAUCUCAUCAGAUGGAACUUUGGGUGCAGGUCGUUCUGUACUGAGGAAAUCCAACCCGUGGGAGAACAUCAGACGUCGUUAUGUAGCGAACUCAAACGACGACAAACGUUUUAAAGCCUUAAUGAAACAACUUGAAGCGCGAGAGUCAAAGAUGCCAGAGAACAAGUUUCGUUCGGAAAUUGAGGGUUUGAAGUAAGCUAGAAAACUAACAAAAUGAGAAUUACCUUGACGCAAAAGAAUCAGAACAUUUAGCAUGUAUAGACUACCUAAUUUGUAUAGUCUCCGAGAUGGAUGGACUCAAUAGAUUACUGAUGAUGAUUGUAAUUCAAAAUAGGUGAGUCAGCAGAGUCUAAAUUGUUCAGUAAAAUUGUAAUUUUAGGUAGAUAACAAACUAUAACAUUUGUCGCGGUGGGAGAACAACCGGCCCCGAGGAGUACUCCCUUAUAUAAGCUAUAUAGGUAUGUGUUAAGAAGAUGACUGACGACUAUGAUUUCCCAGGCUUUAAUUAUAAUUUACUGAAUAAAUGUAAAAUUAAGCAAUAUGUAGAUCUUAUGCAAAAGAAAUAUAUCACUUACUGGAAUCAUACCCUUCAACAUUCACAAAAACUUAACUUUUAUUAUAAAAUCAAAACGAAUUAUAACCCUUCUGUCUACCUAGAUUUAACAAGAAAGAACCCUUCUAGGAAAACAUUAGUGAAACUGAGAAUAAGCAGUCACAAACUUAGGAUUGAGACAGGUAGAUACGACAAUCUACCACGUGGCGAAAGGUUAUGCAAUCUUUGCAAUUGUAACAGAAUUGAAGACGAAGAUUGAAGAUUGUCCAAGUUUCUCUUCGAUAAGAGAUAUGUUCUUCUCUAAACUAGAACCUAAAAUACCGUUUCUACGACUACAAUCACAUGAGUCCCUAUUAUCACAUCUGAUGAAUUCUACUGACUAUUUUAUUAACAUCCAAUUAAUUUCAUUUAUAUCAACUUGCUUUGAAUUGAGAGACAAACUUAUCUCCGGAAUAAUUAAUCCUACUGAUGGUUAGAAAUAAACAAUGAUUAAUAAGUUUCAAAUUAUUUUAAAUAUUUAAUUUACAAGGAAUCAAUGAGUAAUUUCAAGUAGCUUUUGCAAUACUGUAAUACUUUGUUAUGGUCAUGCAAAUAAAGCUUAUUGUUGUUGUUGUUGUUGUUUUGGUCUGAAAACGGGUAUAGUGGGUUCGCCCAUUUUGGUCUGGAAUCGGGUAUGGUUUCUGAGAGAACUACGGGAGUGCACAGAACGUAUUUAUCGUUUCAACUCGAAAUAAGUAAGAAAGAAAGAGAAAUAUUCGAACUCGAAAUGGAUUUAAAGAAUGCUUUUGUUUGCGCUCUAAUCUAAGUAAUGAUAACAUAAAUUCUGCCUAAAGCCCAGGUCUGAAAACGUAACGGGUAUGGAUUUUAGAGUUAUGGUCUGAAAACGCUUAAAAAAGAGUACAGCCAAGAGAGAAUGAUCUAGCUCAUUCUCUCUUGGUACUGCCCAUAUUUUCUGAAGCUUUCCAAAUGCAUGGGGCGAACAAUUUGAUUUUCCUACCGGAAUUUCCGGCUUUAGUCCAGUCAAUCCCCAGGCAUUUUCGAGGCUCAACAUCAAACUAAUUGCAACAGAAUUGUUUUCAACGCUAUUUAAGUAAGGCUGGCCUAUCUAGCAAAAUACUAAAAAUUCCCCAAAAUCCGUUCGGCGGAACAUGUCAAAAUUUAGCGUUAAACAUUUUGAGCUUUUAACACAGGGCAACCACGUUAGUUGAACUUAUACUGUUAAACAAAAAAUGCACAAAAUGUGUUUGUUACUUUUAUGGAAAAGUGAAAGAAGAAAGAAUAACUGCUGCUUAGUUUUCGCUGAUAAAAAUGAAGUGUUUCUUUUUUCAAAAGGGGUAAAUAUUAAACACGGCUGGCUUUUGCACAGGAAGCCCAUGCUCCACUCAAGGAACCACAUAACAAUAGGAGGCUUUCAGACUAAUAGAGUGAACUGUUGGCUGUAAAUCUACAACAAAUUUAGUCAUAAGGCUUUAAAUCUGAAAAAAGAAAGCCGUUACUUAAUCAUUAGCUUUUAAAAGAUAUCCCUUUUUUUAAAUCAGAUUUCUGUUAGCCGCAAGGGUAAGAAAAAUAUAUAUCAGAGCUGGAUUUUUGAAUAACGUUACAGCCAAAAUAGAGCUCUUCCCUCAAACAGUUUUUUUCUUUCAAAAAUUAUCUCCAAAGAAGUCAACAUAAAAACUAAGAGUGCAGCCAUUGUUCUUUUUUCUUCUCCUCGUUUCUUUCUCCUCGCUCUUUCUUUCUUUUCCAGGAGGAUUUUCGGGCUCAUUUUCCUUUCGGCUUUCGGUCUUUUUCUCAGUGAAAAGACUGCAAUUUUCAAUCGGUACGUUUUGAAAAGUCCAGCAAGAUAAUUCUUUGGCUUUUACGGUUACCUUUAUAUUAAUUUUUGUUAACGUACCAACAUCAUCAAAUAUACAAGUUUCACUUUUUCGAAGCUUGUCAUUUUCUUCUUGUUAAAAGUGAAUUGGAGAGGAGGGGAGGAUAGUUUUACUAAUUCUUUACGACGCACAACGAUGCAGAGUUUUUGAACAGGUUAAGCUCCAAUGCCUAUGAAUUUGAUGAGAGGGAAAUGCCUUUUCAUUAAAGGAAAAGUGUUGUUACCUUCGCAAAAAAAUUAUAACGGAACAUUCAUCGCAUAAGAACUUUGGUUCUUGCAAACGUUUGUUUCAAGAAAACGAAAUAGUAUAAUGCGGAAGCUGGUUUUUAAGGGAAAGAUCUUUUACUCAGUCAGAAGGUUAACAUGCAGUGAGUUGAAAUGUUAUACAACGCUCAUCCGACGAGAAACAUAGGUUCCACAAAAGAGGUGAGUCAUCAGAAGCUAAGUCAGGCAAGCCCAUUAAUGUCGUACAUAUGUCCAGUACUUUCGCGCCUUCAUUGCAAUUGUUUUCAGAUGUUUAGGAUACCAUGAUUGUUAUAGAAAAAGAGGUCUUCAUUUGCCAAUGGACGAAAAAAAAAACUGGUCGAGGUUUAGGGUUGUUCUCAGAAAAGAAAUGCAAUAAGGGAAUAUAAAUGCCUUUGGACCACAGAGCAAUUAAUCUUAUUCAUCUUACCAGGAAAUGAAGAGCUGCCGCAGAAAAUACAAAUUAAACAUACAGAUACACUAAACUAAAUCUGAGCCUCGCUACAAGAAAAAGAUAAAAAAAAGAACAAUCAUACUGCUUUGGUUUUAUGGAUUUCCUUCAGAACAGAUUCGGCUAGGUGCAAUGAAAAGCGCAGAGCGUUAUGAUCUAGCAAAAACCAAAUAGACAGAGGCCUUAGCAGAAUAUUUAUUCACUCACGUUGUAAAGUACGGAGUCAUAAUCCUAAAAGAGGUUGCGCAAGUCGUGAGAAAGAAAAUGAAUCCCUGAUUUCGAUCACACAUAUUGUGUCCAAGGUUUGAACAUAACUACCUCACAAAACUCGAUGAUCAUUACAGAAAAUGGGAAUAGGUUAAACUAUGUGUACCGAUACAGAGCUAUCGUCCGUUGCACACAUUUAGUUGCACGUAUGCUGCAGCAUGGAUGCAAGUUUAGUAGCUGACUGAACGUGAACAAAAAAUCAAAUCAAACUGUUCACCAUCAGUCAGCUACUAAACUUGAUUCCAUGCUGCAGGAUAUGAAAAAAAUUAUAAGCCUGUAAAACUAAAAAUACCUUCUGCAUUUCUGAUAUUGCGAAAAAAAUGUCAAUCAUGUCAAUACAGACUGACUAAUAAUUUUCCUUUUAAGUACCGUCAUAGCAAAAAAAUUACAGUUUGGAAAACAGAAUGUGACAAACGAGUUGCUGGGUAACCUGUGCAAAGCCGUCAAGACAAAACACUGACCCAGGUGUUUCUCACACAUUUAGUCGGCGUUUUUUAAACCAAAACUACCCAAAAUACAUUAGCGAUGUUGUAUCGAAAAUUCUUGAGGAAAAAAACAAUUAUCAAAUGUUUUAUCUGAAUUUGUGAUCCCCUGAAAUUGGGUUUCCUGUGGUAAAAGUUGAAAAUCUUUAUUGCCAAUUUUUCUCGUGUUUCACCGAACCGAUUUUGGCGGAUUUUUAGUAUGUUGUUACAAAGCCAUCCAAAUCCAUUAAAUGGCGUCGAAAAAAAUUCUGUUGAAAUUAGUUUGAUGCUAAACCACAAUUUGACUGAACUACUUCCCCAGUUAAAUGUUAAGUACCCUAAGUUUUGAAUACUAGGUAAAACCACGAAAGAUAGCUAUUUCUGAGAAAUAAGACAACAAUCUUACUCUAAAUCUGCUCUCAAGCAUAAUCCCUUCCUUUGAUCUUGGACUUCCAUGAAGAAAACUAUUUUUCCUGAUCCUGGUAGAAAGCAGAAAUAACUAAUUAAAAUAGGAAGCUAGUCAAAACAUAAGGGGUCAUGUAUGCUAUUGUUUGGCCCGGAAAGGACCGAUUCUUAAAAGAGAAAACUAUGGAAUUAUAUUACUUUCAAUUUAUAUCUUUUCAUGUACGUCCAUUGUUGCUGGUUAGAAUUUAUUAUAGAUCGUAGACUGGACCUUCCUGAAAAGGUUUACAGAAUAACGGAAGGUUACAUUUCAGUGUCCUUAGGUUCUCAGUUUGGGUGCAGUUUUAAUAAUCAACUGUAAGUACUGAAUGUCUACUGGUUAUGGCCCGGACUGUAAGACAUUUUCUUCAGAAUCAUCACCACUAAAAAGUGAUUGAUUCCAACCGUCUAUUAUAAGUGCAAAAGAGUGUGGGAGGUGCAAAAGAGAGUGAGAAGUGUGACGUCACGUUAACAUGGUGGCAAAUUUCUUGAUCUCAGGGCAGUCUUUCUUGUCCGAGAUUGCUAUUUGCAUUGUCGAACGAUGGAAGAAAAGUAUGACCUACAGUUUUGUUCCUGAGAGCAAUCAUCAUACAAGUCGUCAUGUCAAGGUUUUCGUUUUUUUUUCUACCAUUUACAGGACCACGUUUUGUCGAGAUCCAAAGAUUUUUCUACCAUGGCAACGUGAUGAAACGACUUCUUCUCUCUAUUAAACCUUGCACUGAUUUUGGUACUGUUUGAGGAUCUGUAGCACACAACAAAGAGCGAAAAGUGGCAUUUUCCUUACAUGGCUUGACAUCGUGUCGUGACACCUCCGACGUCAUAUCUUGUAACCCUAGCUACUGACUGUCAACUGGUAAAAUUUUCGCGGGAGAAAAGAGCGAAAAGUAGCAUUUUCUUUAUAUGGCUUGGCACCGUGCCGAGACACCUAUUACCGACGUCAUAUAUCGUAACCCUAACAACUGACUGUCAUCUAGAAAGUGAAAUUUUCGCGGGAGUUAUGAUUUAAAGUCUCCCGCUUUUCGCGGGAAGAAAUCAGAUUUCAUGAAAUGACGGAUUUCAACCUUGAGUAACGGAACAAAUUAUAGCAUUGUUAAAGGAGGUGUGGCUGCGGAAUGUCCGUUAUGAUAUAAAAUAUGUAAAGGAAAGAACAGCAAUGUACGUGCUUCCAAAUAAAAGAAAAAGGGAGAAAGCUACACGCUUCCCCAUCUUGCUGAUCUAUGAAAUUCUCCCUAAAACUUCCUCACACACGGUACUCCCAAUUUUUUUCCCAUGAUAAAUUUCAACAUUCCAUGACGAGACGUAAAACUGGACUGACCGCUGUCAGGAGCCGCCGCUGUAAAAGACAUUUUUAUGAGAUCUAGAAACCACAAACUUUCAUCCUUCUAACUAGCUUAUCUGGUAUCCACGUAUGCUUGUCUCGAGACAGCUUUCCGGCUAGAAUUGACAACAUUUUUUUGUAUCAUGGGAAUUUUACAAACACAUUCCGUUGUUUUUCUCUGAAGGACCCUAUAAGGUGCGUUAAAAUCCUCACCAAUAAUUGGGUCUACUAUAUAUCUGCUGUCAACAAAAUUACCGAAAUUGAAUUCAAGGAUUACAGCCAUAUAAUAGCGUGAUGUGUGCCCUACAUCCUGACAAUCGAAGAAGCGGAUUAACAGACCUGAUCGAGCUUCAAGUGGAAGCAGUCAUGGAAUCCGUGGCAAACUCAUCUGUAAUCUUGCUUCUGACAAAAAUGAAAGACAAAAAACAAACAAAUAUUGUUUAUUAUAGAACCUGGGAUUUCAACAAAUUAACAAAAUACUUGAAAUUGCUGAGGACGUCAUCAUGUCAACAGGCUUGUUUGCUGCGCCUUUUUUAAAAGUGUUGGCGCGAGAGGGAGGGGAGAAAUGGGAAGUGUCACGUUUCGGAUCAGUGUGCGGACAGACGAACAAUGUUGUGGAUCAUUUUUGUGUACUUUUUUCCAUCUCGCCUGGAGAUCAUCCGACAAAUAAAAAAACAAAAACAAAAAAGAAAAGAACUAAAAAAUCUUUUUGUAGGAUUCUGUUGCUCUGGUAGCUGAGUAUGUUUUGGCAUUGCUGUUACAAUUCUUUCUUCUUUUUUUUCAUUGAUAGUAAACAAUUUCAAACAAUGGGUACCUCACAACAGAACAGGGGAGGUGCUCAUCCCCGUGUUAACUUGUUUUUGUUUGUUUUUUGUUUGUUUUUUUUUUUCUGUCUCCCCUUUUUUUCACUCUGGCUCUAUUACUCUGAAUGCCUCGUGGCCACAGGCUACCCGCGGAUCCGGAGGACCCCAUAUUAAAGUGACGGGGAUGCUUGUCGUCUCGCUUAGGGAUGUAAAUUGCAGAUUUUGGUCUCACUCGGCAUGACUCACAUUGGUCUCUUAGAGGUUUAAUUUUAAUUUUCCGACUAGCAUGCAGCGUCCCCUGUGACUUGUAUAAGGGAGCACCCCCCUUCCCUCUGGCAAGUUACUUCCCAUGAACUCAUCCUCUCUUCCUGUAAUUGAUACCUUAAAAAAAAUAAUCCUUUAUGGAGUCAAAAUAUUGGAUUUUUGUUCUGACACCCUAAUGCCAAAACUGCAAUUUCUACCUUAUAACGAGACGAAAAAAUAAGUACGGGCUCCGUCACUUGUAUUUGGGAGUACUUGAGAGGGAGGGGUCUUCUGAACCGACACAUUCUUCUCUGGCUAGACAUCAUUUCUGCUAAUCUGGCAAUUUAUGUAAUAAAUCGUCACCUCAGAGACAUUUAUGGGUCAUGUUACGUUUUUUAAUAAAUGCCAGACUCCGCAAUUGCUCACUUCGGACAGGGCGCUUUUAUAUACCACUCUGUAGAUCUGAAGUGCGCGGUGGCUCGUAGCGGCAGAGCGUCGAUUCUAAAGUGCAAAGGGGUCUUUUGAGGAAUAGACUAAAUGUUAUCAGGAUGUUCAAAGGGCAAGGGCAGACGGGCUUGAUGUGUGAGUUGGUCAUCUUCACUUUGGUUUGUUUAUGGUUCGGCGAUCAUAGUUCAGCUCUUCCGAUCGGCAAGGCUGUAAAGUUUAACCCUACUGAUAAAGAAGUUGAAAAUGUUACAUUGGAAGACUGUAAGGUAAGAUCAUUUCAGUUACAACCUUGUUUUUCCAACUGAAUGUACCCGAGAGGCUGAUGAAAUUUGGAUAUCGGUUAAAGCGUCAGUAAACCGCAUAGCCGAAAUGAUCUUUGUGUAUUGUAGUGACGACCCUUGACUCACGAUUUUACCACUCGGUAAGUCUCUCUGGGUGGUAAAGUAUGAUUUAUUUAUUCAUAUUUAGGUUUGGAAAUGAUAUAUCACCUAUAGAAAGUGAAAGACGUAUUGUCCAUAAGACCCGUAGAAAAUCUUAGAAUCUGUUGUUCCUCCAUUUGAUUGAGAUCGAAAAUGAACUUCACAUCACUCGAUCACUUUACAUCCGGUUUUUCAGUCUCCCUCGUGGCCGUUGUUUGUCUCCUCACGCAACGCUUCUUCCUGCGAUGCGUGACGAGGGAAUUGCUGGCUACGUGGUUACACCCUGUUACAAUAAGUGAGAGUACUUUUCCUUGAGGCAGGUGUGAAAAGUUAAGCACGAAAACAUUUGAAGAAAUAAGAAAAUAGUGAUAAUAAACUCAGUCGUUUUAGUACCUUAGAUAAUGUUUCAGAAGUGUUUUAAAAAUCGACAAAAAUCUUCUACUUUUUAUAGAAAAUGGGGAGCGUAUAGUUGAAUUAGUUGUUACUGUGAAAUUAUAUAAUAAUUGUAAAUGCGUCAUCUUUCAACAAAUACAACUGCGAAUCAACUUGCCUAAUAAACUAUAAUAUAUACGUACAAAAAGCAAUAUUCAUACUUUGCAAUAACAAUGCACACCAGACUGAGUUGACACUAAAGCUGCCCCCGCUGUGUAUAUUGUCGGUCAAUAGUAUUCUUACUCGUUAAUUGUACACGUGUAGCUCUUUGAAAUAAACCGAUUCAUAAUGAAGAUUUUCACACAUAUUCCAUACAAUAGGUGAGAUAAAUACAGGAAACGCUAGACUACGAGUAGUCCCCCAUUUUUCCUCAGGGAUAGUAGAGCGAGCGAAACGCGAGCGCGCGUGAAAAUGGCGUGUCGCCUUUCCUCGCCUGGGGUGAGUUUCACGCGCGCUCGCGUUUCGCUCGCUCUACUAUCCCUGAGGAAAAAUGGGGGACUACUCGUAGUCUAAGGAAACGCAAGGUUCCAUGCACACAGCCUUGAUCAAAACAUUGUCCGUUUCGAGAAUAGUUUAUUCUAAACCAUAAGAAAAGAUUUAAUUAGGAGUUGAAUUUUUCUCUUUCACUUUUUAUAUUCAGUUCAUUUUAUUUGCCGGAGAGUAAGCCUUAGAAAUUAAAAGGUCGUUUGAUCAAUUCACGCUCGCGCGUUCUAGUCUUAUUUUUAACUUUAUGGCAGAUAGACAUCUGUGAGCAGGGAAUACGUCGGCACAGAAUUUGAUUGUCGGCGAAUUUCUGUAAUCGUCCAUCGUUCUGCUAGUGAUAUGCUAGCCAUUGUUCACUCGUCUUGCUUGUUUGGGGCUGAGUCUUCUUCAGGUGAAAGAGAGAGAAAGAGUGUCUGGCAAAGUUUCCAAUCAAAGAUUUGUGAACUCGUGUCUGGCAAACUCUACAAGUGUUUAUAUAUACACAGUUACAUAUACGCACCUUAUAACUUCAUCUGCGCUUAACGAGUGUCUUUUGGUCUAUAACUUUCAAAACAACUGCUCCACAACACGUAAUGCAAAAGAGUAUCGAGGUAUGACUUCACAAUAAAUGUCACAAAAUCUACCUAAGCAGUCCACUCGGGAUUUUCCGUCUUUACGUCAUCCUAUAACCACUUCGUACUCGAGGGCACAAACAAUAGAAACGUCAUCAUUACCUACCGAUUCCUCGCGGUCCCUGUUCAAGCAAGUCGAGAUUUUUCUGGCAUACUGACUGUAUAUUUCAUCUGUAAGUACUUUCCUUAAUAUACGGGUGAGGUACUAGAGUGCCUCCUCGGGAUUUCGCCUUCUGGGCGAAAUCCCUGCGGGGGCAAUAAGAUCGUUAUUAUUGAUUAUCAUGAUAGCAGUAAUAUCAUUUUCUUAUUUUAGCAAUGGAUGAUUAAGUACGGUAUGGCUUUAGAGGGACAGAGUGUGACGAUAAAUGCAAUCUCAAAACUCCAACGCAGGGCUGGAAUAAAUGUGACUGGAGUACUGGACACUGAAACCAAAAAAUUACUUGUGAUUCCUCGAUGCGGGGUCACAGAAGAUGAUUACAAGGGUCAAGACUAUGGCACAGAAAAAGGAAUAACGGAAAGAAGACGGAGGAAGCGUUUUACUCUCCAAGGAUCCUGGUGGAAUAAAAAAGUGAGUGUUGCCGCGCAGGCUGAUUUAGCAGGAAAGCGACAGGAAAGAGCGCGGAAAGGACUAAACGCGAUUUGCCACUCUGCCAUUGGUCAAGCCAGUUGUUUGAUUUGCGCGCGCCAUCGUCAACUGACGUUCCCGUUCUUUUGCUAAAUCGGCCUGGGACUUACGACGCUGAGCGAGCAUCUCUGUUGUACCAAUGCAACGGCAUUUCUUCAGACCAGCUUUUUUUUAGAUCGAUUCUCUCGCGAAUUUUGACUGUGAAAUAAGUCUAACAAACAAAGCAGCGAAAACGGGAGAACCGAAAAUGGUAUUUUGUUAGCGCCGAUUUACUUUAUCUUUUUGCCAUUAUCGUCCUAUUGAUGACCACACAUACGGGGCGCUGCUUGCAUUUUCUUAGAGUAAAGUACUCCAAAAUGAUGCUAAAUUAACUCAUCUGUGUAAACGCGGAUUCAUGGUCGGUUGUCCUGUUCUUUUUUAUAUUUAAGCUUCCUUAUCAUCUAUGGAACUUAACGUUAGCGAAGGAAUUACUUGUAAAUGACAAAACACAGCUUCUUAUUUGAAACGUAUGCUAAAUAAAGACAAAAAUAAAUAAAAAACAAAAACCCCCAACUAAGAACUGGGUUUUUAAACGUGUUAGACUAAAAUUUGCCAGUUAGGGACCCUCUUUACAAGAACCUGUUUAGCCUAAAAUUUUGAAACAUAUUCUUAUUUUCUAAAAUGUACAAAAAAAAUUCUGCAUACGUGAGGAACUAUAAGAUAAGUCAGCAUUCAGGGUCCUCUUUGAAGACAUGCUGCCAUAUCACUCCAACUGGUACUCGGAUCAUACUGUGUUAUAAAGGCAUAGGCUAAAUAUUUCUAAAUACUCUCAGCUACAAUGUAUUUUUUCUUCUUCAGAAAACAGCGAGCUCUUUAAGAACCUAUUUUAGCUAAAAUGUUUGCUCGCUAAUUGCCAUUUAUGUAAGAACCUGCUUAGGCUAACUUGGAAAAAUGCAAGCUCUUGGUCGAGGGCUUUUACAGAGUCAAAGACACAAUUUUCAAAAUCCCUUCGCUUUUUCUCCUAGGAUUUGACCUACCGAUUUUUAUCCAGCACAGCAGACCUUCCGGUCGAUAUUCAACAAAACAUUCUGAGGAAAAUGAUCAACAAAUGGGCAGAAGUGAGCACGCUGACCGUUCGUGAAGCGAACUCGUCAGCCAGUGACAAUGAUGUGGAUAUUUUGAUUUCUUUUGUGAGAGGCUUCCAUAAUGACCCCUAUCCGUUUGAUGGUCAAGGAGGAACGCUGGCGCAUGCGUACUAUCCACACAACAACUUAGGUACAGUGUAUAGUUCCAGGAAAUAUCCACACCUUCCACAUGUAGGGCACUUUUGUUUUAGUCUCCCCACCCGCCCCCCUCCCCAUGGAAUUUCCGUUCACUAUCGCGAAGGGCGUGAAAAAAAAAACCAACAAACAUUCCGCAAGCCGACAGUAAAUAAAAGAUCAUCAAUGAAAACAUACUCUUGAGUAAAACCAGUGGUUUAGUAGUAAAACAAAUGAUAGCUCGCUCAACAGACCAUGAGCUAUAUAUGAUAGUUUUCCUUAACCCAGCAAUCUCAUUUGGAACCCCGGAUAAAAUGACCUCGAAUAGCCUCUCCCAACCCCUCGGAAAAUGCCUCUUUUUGAACCGCCCUCCACUUAGAAUCUCCGUUGCCCUAGCCUCUGCAUGAAUUGCAGCGUUUAAUGUACAUAAUAUGACGGUACCGAAGAUCGGUAUGAUUUUUAAAACACAGAAAUAAGCGCACAUGAGGUCUCAAAGUGGACGAAGAUAGUAUUUUCUCUAAAUAUACUGGGAAUCCCAGAAGGCGCCUUUAUAUCUGGCAUUGACCCAUGGUGGAGUAAUGUACAAGUUUUGCGAGGCUGCGAGCGUGUUAGAGUUUUGCCUUUUUUUUUUAAUAAAAGCUAUUUGUCAACGGAUAUUUUAGGAUUAUCUGGUGAUGCCCAUUUUGACGAUGAUGAGCGAUUCACAACAGGAACAAGCGACGGUAUAAACCUGGACUGGGUGGCGGUUCAUGAGUUCGGACACAGCAUGGGACUGGAACAUUCCAACGUACGGGAAUCCAUCAUGUAUCCUUGGUACAAAGGAUAUUUCCCAAAUAUCGAACUGACUGAAGACGAUAUUUUAGGGAUACAAGCACUUUAUGGUAAGUUGAAACAUUUCUAGUGUAAAGCCAACUGUAGAUAUCUAUGACGGAGAAAUGUAGACGAGCCGGUUUGGUAUAUAAAAGUGUUCUUUGGAGUAUUUGGAUAAUCUACUUGUGAUGAAGUACCGUAAUGUCAAUCACUUUUUUUCAAGGAAAUGUAAUACUGUCACUUUUCAGAGAUCUUUUUGUAUAGGUAAUAGCAUGAUUUGUAGUGAUAUUUGGCAUAAAUACCACGAGUGAUAUUUCAAAAAAUAUUGUUAUAUGUAAUUUCACAAGCCGUUAGGCGAGUGAAAUUUGAGACAAUUUUGAAAUAUCACAAGUGGUAUUAUGCCAAAUAUCACGUACAAAUCAUGCUAUUAUUUGUUUAUACUACUACCCGCAAAUGGUUUGUAAUUUUCACAUGUAGGUAUUUCAAAUUAAGCUGAAAUACCCCUGCUCUAAGCCAAUCAAAUUGCAGAAAUUUUUCAUGUAGUAGUAUAAUUAAUAGAACCACCACAAUCUGGAACACGCUAGCAAGUGACCUUCAACUUUCAGAUCAGCCAAUUCAAAUCCAUCAUGUACAAGUACUACGUGGAUGCAUUAGAACGUUACUACGACCAAGAGAACCCACGAUCCUGAAAAACCAUCUGUCCGUCAUAUAACGUUUCACGUAACGUGUCUGUCCGUCUCCGUUGUUGUUUUUAAUUGUCAUAUCAGCGAAGUUUUACUGUUUCUUACAUAUCGUUUAAGAUCUGGGACCACCGUAAUUGGCUCACCGCUGUUGUGGAACCCCUGCCUCUGAAGCAUUAAUUAUUUAUUGUUCAGUAAUAGGCGAAGCUAAUAAAAAAUAAGAUAAAUUGAAUUUUCUGCUCAACUUAUCACGGUUUUUAUGCAUUUUUCUCCCGCCUGUCAGACUACGCCGAGCUCAUCCAGGUAUAGUCUGAAAGAUCUCUACUCCCAGCACAAGUUAAAUGUAGCGCGGGUGGUUAUAGGCGGUCCGGCUGUGAAUGGUUUAGCCAAAAGGAUAAAAUUUGUCUUUCCCGGCCUUUUUCGCCUGAUUUGACGUCUCAUACACCUCAAAGAUUGUUAUCUUUAAAAUUCUCCAAAUGUUUCGAGAUUAUCUUAAGUCAACCUAAAGCCUUCAAUUGGUUUCCUGCUGCAUCUUGUGAGCAAAGCUUACAGUUGUACUGACGUGCCUGUUAACAGGCGUUACACAUCCCCUCGUCCUUUCUUGCAUUUAGGUAAACCUUUUCACGCUCACCCAAGCGCUUGUUUACAGCUUACGUAUUUAAUCAUUUGGCACCAUUUCAGGCAAACCAACCCCAGCACCAACCACAGAGACACCAACAACUCAACCAGAAACAACGACAAAGGCGACUACCACAGAGACACCAACAACUCAGCCAGAAACAACAACAAAGGCUACCACCACAGAGACACCAACAACUCAACCCGAAACAACAGCAAAGGCGACUACCACAGAGACACCAACAACUCAACCCGAAACAACAACAAAGGCGACCACCAACAACAACAACAAAGGCGACAACCACAAAGGCGACCACCAACAACUCAACAACUCAACCCGAAACAACAACAAAGGCGACCACCACAGAGACACCAACAACUCAACCCGAAACAACAACAAAGGCGACCACCACAGAGACACCAACAACUCAACCCGAAACAACAACAAAGGCGACCACCACAGAGACACCAACAACUCAACCCGAAACAACAACAAAGGCGACCACCACAGAGACACCAACAACUCAACCCGAAACAACAACAAAGGCGACCACCACAGAGACACCAACAACUCAACCCGAAACAACAACAAAGGCGACCACCACAGAGACACCAACAACUCAACCCGAAACAACAACAAAGGCGACCACCACAGAGACACUAACAACUCAACCCGAAACAACAACAAAGGCUACUACCACAGAGACACUAACAACGCCAACGACAUCUGAGCUGGAAAUUUGUAAAGUUAAGAAGUUUGACUCCUUUGUGAUGGGAUAUGAUGGAAAAACGUAUGUUUUCAGUGGAGAUUAUUUCUGGGUGCUGUCAGAAAGACUCAAGGUGGAAAGCGGUCCAACGAAGAUAACAUUAAAAUGGAAGGAAGUCAGAACUCCUAUAAACAGCGCUUACACUAACUGGGAUGGACGUACAGUGUUCUUCACAGGAAGCGAGUAAGUAAAUAAGAUCUAACUUUGAGGACGCUGUGUUUUUGGAUGAAGUAUUAUUGGUUUGGGUAAGGAAGAGCGAAAAACAACGACAGCGCAAAAGACGGAAGAACCCCAAUUAGGGAGAUAAAAAAGGGUAGAUUUGCAAAAUAAUAAUGCAAACGCGAAAUAAUUUUAUACUGGGGUUGCAUGAGUCACUAGAAUGGAAUUGCACAUAUUCGGGAUUUGGGGAAUCAGAAAACUCAGGGAGGCACAGACUUUUUACUUCAUUAAGUUUAACCGAUGUGUCAAUUCCUUUCAGGAUGACCAAGUGAAAAGGCUUUAUAAAGUAGAUGCAUAAACAGAAAGUUACUAAGUUGGGAUCGCGAAAAUGACAUUUUCCCAGAAGUGACUAAGAUGGGAUCUAUAUUUGGUCACAGAAUAGACUAUAAUGGGGUAGGGGUUCUGAGAGGCCAGCGGCACAUACCCAGCAAAAAUUAACCCAAGUAACCCCCUGGGAGAGAAUUCUUCUCUUUGGUUUAUAGAUUCUGAAGUUGUUUUCGCAAGGUAACUGUGCGGUAACUCCUAUCAAUCAGUAGAUUUCUCUAGCUCUGUAUUUAAACAGGGUGAUUUUGUUAAUGCUUUUAUACAUGUACAUGUAUAUGGUACUUUCCAAACAGAUACAAGAUUCAAAUUUGAUUCAAUUUUUUUCCUGUCACAGGUAUUGGAUGUAUUUUGACUAUAGACUUGAAGAAGGUCCCCUAUACUUAACCCAAUACGGAGGUCGUGAUGGCCUGCCCUCAGCGUUGGAGAAUAUGGACGCUGCUUUCAUUUGGGAGAAGAAUUAUAAGGCUUAUUUUUUUAAAGGAUGGGAAUACUGGCGUUACGAUGAGAUCUCCAAAAGAGUAGAUCCUGGCUACCCAAAAAACAUUUCAAUUUGGGGUAAGUGUCUUGUAGUCUUCGUUACCAUUGAGGGCUCGUCGAGAAAGAAAAAAAUUGACGGUCGAUCCUCGAAGGAAGAAGAUAUCUAAUUGUCAUUCCAAGUAAAUGUUUCUUCCUUUUCAUUGGCCAAGAGCCCACCACGUGACCUGUAAAUAACUGCCUACAAAUAAUGGUCCGCCCAUGCGCAAUGUCGUCCAACUGUGUUUGGCUGCAAAAAAUAUUCUGCUACUGCGUAUAUUAAACCACGCUUUCCUCAUUCUUGCGAUCGCUCUUGCGUGAAAACGGCAGAUCGCUUCGCUAGCCUUUCAAAGACCGAUUUGUCAUGUUUAAUCGAAUGAUAGAACAAUCAUUUAACUCGGUUUUCGCAAAAGAACGUGAUUUAUCAGUGUCUAUACUAGCAGAUCAAUUAUUUGCUGAAGCCUGGGCUCCUGCUGAAGCCUUACAAUUGAUCUGCUGGCCACUGACAAAUCACGAUAGUUUACUCAACCUCGUCCAAUAAUCAUUCAAUUAUUGACAGCUAUAUGAUUGACGAUCCAAGUCCUUGUUUUUUAAGUGUUGAUCUCCUCUGCAUUCAACAAAUAACAAGUUAUUCCCUAUUUCCGACAAAAUGUACGCAUCGUUCUAUUCAACGCUACUAUUUAAUGGAUUUUUUUCUUUCAGGUCUCCCUCAUCCCAUGGAUUCUGUUAUGUCCUGGAGUGGAAAUAAGAGAACGUAUUUCUUCAAAGAUGAGAACUAUUGGAGGCUCGAUGACAGAUUGCUGAAGUUUGACAAGGGAUAUCCCCGCGAUAUCACUCAAAUAUGGAUGAGCUGCCCUACUUAA